AAUCCUCGAGAGAAAACCAGAGAACCACCCCCCCUGCGCUUAUUUUCUUCCUUCGCGUUCCGUUCCUCACAUCUGAAAUCCAAACCCUUGCGCUAAACCUAGCCUCUCUUCGAUCAAAACCAGAGGAGGAAGAUGAGUUGGAUGAAGCCCCCGUACUGGCAUCGCGGCGAUGUUGAGGAGGGCAACGUAACAAGGCCGCUUUACCCAAUGAUGCUGGAGAGGCCGGAACUGCGGUGGGCGUUUGUGCGAAAAAUCUACACUAUCGUUUCCAUCCAGUUGCUUCUCACCAUCGCAGUAUCGGCCCUCGUUGUUUCCGUCAAGCCCAUCUCCCAUUUCUUUGUCGCUUCAAGCGCUGGAGUCGGCCUGUACAUUUUACUGAUAAUUUCGCCUUUCAUUUUGAUGUGCCCUCUGUACAACUACUACCAGCGCCAUCCAAUAAACCUUAUUUUACUGGGUCUGUUCACUGUAUGCAUCAGCUUUGCCGUGGGAUUAACUUGUGCCUUUACAAGUGGGAAGGUGAUUCUGGAGGCUGCUUUUCUCACAGCUGUGGUUGUUGUCAGCCUCACCCUGUACACCUUCUGGGCAGCAAAGAGAGGCCAUGACUUCAGCUUCCUUGGCCCAUUCUUGUUUGCUGCAGUUAUAAUUCUGAUGCUGUUUGCUAUAAUCCAGGUAUUCUUCCCAAUGGGAAAGAUCUCAACUAUGAUCUAUGGCGGCCUCGCCUCUCUAAUCUUCUGCGGAUACAUCAUCUUCGACACUGAUAAUCUGAUCAAGCGAUAUGGUUAUGAUGAAUAUAUUUGGGCUGCUGUGGCGCUAUAUCUCGACGUCAUUAAUCUGUUCCUUUCCUUGCUUAAUCUGCUCAGAGCUGCUGAUGAUUGAAGCUGUUGUGGAUGUGAGAUCAUACCAGGCUUGAUUUUUCUGGUUCGCUUUACUGCCAUUUGAUCAUAUUCUACUAUGUUUUAUGCCGUUUAAUGUGUUUAUGUUUUCCCUUUAAAUGUAAGGUAGCUUUGUGCUUUUAAUGAUGUUGUGAAUAUAUAAAGUGGUUUUAUAAUUUUUUGGGGGGUAUUUAAACUGCAUACCGCCCAAUUUCUA